AUAAUCCAUCCGACUUGGUCUGAAACCAAAAAAAGAUUCACUCUUGUGCGUUUUACGUUUGAAUUUGGUGAGUCAUGUCUGGUAAAGGAGCAAAGGGUUUGUUAAUGGGGAAAUCCCCAGCGACCAACAAAGACAAAGACAACAAGAAGAAACCCACCUCUCGUUCUUCUCGAGCUGGCCUUCAGUUCCCAGUUGGUCGAAUUCACCGUCUUUUGAAGACAAGGGUUCAAUCUAGCGGAAGAGUUGGGGCUACAGCUGCUGUGUACGCGGCUGCUAUCUUGGAGUAUCUGACUGCAGAAGUGUUGGAGUUGGCAGGUAAUGCAAGCAAAGAUCUAAAGGUGAAGCGUAUAACACCCAGGCAUCUGCAGCUUGCCAUUCGUGGUGAUGAAGAACUGGACACCCUGAUCAAAGGUACAAUAGCCGGCGGUGGCGUGAUCCCUCACAUUCACAAGUCUCUCAUCAACAAGUCCUCUAAAGAAUAGGAUUGGAUUGUUGUGGGUUCCCUGUAUUGUCAACCCUCGGGGGAAAAUGGAACCUCUGUACAUCUUUAUAUUAUACUUUUAUUAGUCUAGAGGCGUAUUGCUUGGUGUGUAAGGGUUAAGUAUAAUUUUCUAAUAUCAGACUAAUAUAUGCUCAUCUUCUUCA